UGUACCGUCAGCAAAGCAAACUGAUUUCGUUUUCUCCUUCCCAAGUUCUCCAUGGUUCGCUCUUUUGUUCUUAUUCCAGGCAUCGUCAACGGCGCCUCUCGCAGGAUCAAGAAGAAGAACAAGAAGAAACCUCGAAACGCCUCCUCGUCCAUUCAAUCUCUUCCGAACGAGGUUCUGGUCCAAGUACUCGCGAAGGUCGCUUCGCGCUCCUUCGAUGAUCUUUAUUCAGCCAUGUUAAGCUGCAAGGAUUUCAACGAAAGUGCUCAAGAUGAUCACAUAUUCGAGCACGUCGACAUUAGCAAGUUCCCGCUGGUUUCUUGGCGCGCAAGUGAAAAACACACGAGGUUUCUGAUGCGGUGCAGGGAUCUCGGCAAUUCGGAGGCCUUGUACAGGCAAGGGAUGCGCGACCUCUUCACAAGCAAGAGGAUAGAACCUGCGGGGGUCGAGUCUCUGAAGAGGGCAGCCUCAAAGGGUCACGUAGAAGCAACGUACGUGUACGGAGCGAUCUUGGUGUGUUGCGGGGGCGAUUCAAGGCAGAAAGGACUUGAGCUUCUGUACUCACUCAACCGCCACAAAUCGAGAGGGUUAAGCGUGACAGAAUGCCGAGAGAGGAUUAAGGAAUUGAUUUGGAACACAAUGUGGGUGAAUAGGGAAGUAAUAGGUAGAAUUGUAGAAGCACACGAUGAGAACGCUGCCAUGAAAGCAUGCAACGACUGUGGAGAUCCACAAGGUCCGUACACAAUCGAACAAGGAUGGGAUUUCGAUGACCAUGAUAAAUUCAGUAGCUGUAAUUCGUGCAGAUGGCAUCAGGAAGUAAAUAUAUUUUGUGAUAUAUUAAGUCGUAGUCGUGCAAAUUAUGAUUAGAUAGCACUUGGAAUUUUGAGAUUUAAGUCUCAUCGAAUUUGUAUUUUGUAAAUAAUUUCUUUUGUUUAUAAAGUGCUUAGUUUCGGAUUUUAAUUUUAAUCACAAGUGCUAGAUUCCUUAAAUGUACGUUUGCAAACAUUCAUAUUCAUGUUUGAAGUUUUCGACAAUUGACAACAUACAUGUCAGAUGUAAACUUACGUUGCUUGCUAGCAACCUUUUCGAUAUUUGAAACCUUGUUUCACAACGGCAAAUCCUCGAGAUAC